AUGAGUCCGCUUUCCGUUCUUGUGAUUGGCUGCCUGAUUUCCACAGAGCACCAUCCGGAUCUGGCCUCCAUGAUCCGUAACAUCACCCAGCACUCAUCCCCGUGGCUGCGGCCGGUCCGGACCGGGGACAGAGCACUCAUGGUGCACACAGACCUACAGCUGCGAGCCGUGCUCGACGUGAGGUGGAGGGAUGAGUUCCUGGCCUGGGACCCCUCUUCCUACGGCGGCCUGACCCACUUCACCCUGCCUCAGUCCUCACUGUGGACUCCUGACACUUUCUUCCAUGAAGCGCGGGAGGAGCUUGUGCUGCUGGACCUGCACUGUGACCUGGCAAUGUUCCUCUUCCCUUUCGACAAGCAGACCUGCAACCUCACCCUGGGCUCCUCCUUGUACACAGUGCAGGACUUGGUGCUGGUGCUCCAGAGGUCUGCAGACUCUGUGCUCAACAGCAGCCAUCACUUCACUCUGCACGGAGAAUGGGAGCUGCUUUCCAUCCAAGCCUGCACCUUCACAGAGCCACAGGGAGAGCAGCUGUACUCCCGCAUUACCUACCAGGUGGAGCUGGGUCGUUACUCCCUGUUCUAUGUGGUGAACCUGAUGGUGCCGAGCGCGCUGGUGAUGGUCAUUGAUCUGGCCGGCUUCGCCAUCCCUGCAGAGUGUUCAGAGCGCAUCCCCUUCAAGAUCACCCUGCUCUUCGGCUACACCGUCUUCCUGAUGCUGGUCAAAGACCUGCUGCCCCCUUUCAGGGACUGCACGCCAAUGCUGGGGCUGUACCUGGUGGUGAGCCUGGGCUUCCUGUGCCUCAGUAUGGGAGAGUCGGUCCUGCUGCUGGCCCUGGGUCAGCCUGACCUCCUGGAGCACUCCACCGUCCUGCAGCGCCUGGCCACCUCCCUCUGCCAGAACGACCAGCAGGGGGAGACAGAGAGUCUGAAGCGCUCUUACAGGCUGGGGCAGAGAGGGGCGGAGCUGAGUGGAGGUCACACGGGCGUGGGGGUGGGCUGUGGGUGUGGCUGCGUGCUGCGGGCCCUGGCGGAGGAGCUGAAGGAGGUGAGCGAGGAGGUGCGCACUCUGACUGAGAGGAGGACACAGCGCAGCGACGCCCUCCGCCUGAUGGAGGCGCUGGACCAGCUGUGUUUCCGCAUCUACACCUCACUCCUCAUCACUUUCCUGAUGUCACUGGUGCUGCUCUGGGCUCUGUAUAGGUGA